UGCUCAUCGCGCGGGAGCCUACCUGAAUGGAAGAUGAGCCGUGUGCGUACAUGGGCAUGCGACCGCUGUCGGGGGUCCCGGCGCUUCGACGGAAGGACAUGGACAUCAAGGAAGAAUUUACGAGCUUGAUGCAGACAAAGUUGCAUGCCCUAUUGGAGGCGUUCAUGGCUGAGGUAUUGCUAUGCUCCAAACCCGUGGCCAACCUGUCGGUCAUAUUCUAGCCAGUGAAAGAGUUCAAAGUGUUCAAAAGGCUGUGGAUCGACCAGCAGUUCUCUGCGCUAUAUCACAUUGACUUUGGCAACAUAACUCGCCCAGAGAUUACAUAUCUCAUGCUGCGUGCGUGUUUGGGCUCUCUAUUACAAGCCAUAUCACUAUAUGGAUGGUCCAUCAACCAAAAACGUUGUGACAAGGAGGGAGGAGUAUUCUUGUGGCACGUCAUCGGAUGCACGUUCGCGUUGUACAGCGCGUACGAAUGCCAGAUCACCCCGAUCAAGCAGAAGAUCCUCCUACACUUAGAUGCAGCGGUGGAACUCGCAAAGCUCCCGCUGUGGACAGACCUGUGGCGUCUGCACCACCGAAAGCCCACACGAGAACUCGAGCACAUGCUCCAGCACCUUGACACAACCGGUGCGUUUUGCAAAUGCGUGCGAGGGUAUUCGCUCCCUCGAGCUGCCCUCCGCCUGCCAGUCCCGCCGUCCGUCCAAGACCUGGCUCUGGAUCAGUUGAGCCUCGAUGGCGCAUCCGCACAUGACACGCCAUCACCCUCCAUGGAAUCCCCUGAAGAGGCUCUUCCACUUGCACUGGACACGAGCGAAAUCGAGCGACUUCACAACGAGUAUAUAGCAGCGAUGUCGUCAUUUCGAAUCUCCACAAAGGAAGGAAAGGCCGCGGGCCAACGCCGCCGCGCCGCAGUGUUGUUCAACAUGCCUGCAGCAACAAAGCAGAAGGAACUAACUGGGUUUGUGCAAUCGCUGCAUCGCGUUUUACAGGGUUCGGACAACACGGAGCCAGACGAGCCUCGAGAUCAUCCCUCGAUUGAAUCAAAUCGGCUCUUGCACGACGAGGCAGCAUUGGCUGCGAUCUUGCAAGCCGACUUGGAAUCCGAGCUCCUCGACGACGACACGGACAUGUUGACCAAAGGGGCGAAUCACACCGAAGAGAACGAUCGGUCCAAUGCUCCAUGCGACGCGAAUAUAGUUGCAAAUGCUCCUGAUGGAAUCGUUGAAACGUCCACAGGACAGGAGCAGGCGAAGACCACAACGUAUGCACCUGUUCAUGCCGAAAUCAGGACAGAGCUAGCCAGUGAUGACAACGAUGAUGAGGACGGCGACGAUGGGUGGGCGCAAGAUAUUGAGAACGAACUGGUCGCUUCAAACCCUGCGGCCCAGGCAGAAGUGGCUCCUUCGACGGCAGACCCAUCCAACAUACUUCCCGUGGUCGAGCUGUCAUUAUCUUCCUCGACUUCAAGCGAAGAUGACGACGAUGCAUUUGAAGCUGAACUUGAAGCCAGCGUUCUUGCUCGUCAAGCAGUGCCGUCCGCCCAACAAGGUCCCUCCACGUCGUCUACCCCCUCGCAAUCGACCCAAGUGUCAAAGCGGUCGGCUCCACCUCCUCGUGACCCGACCCGAGGUCGGCCAUCGAGUUGUUCGAGUCUCGAUGGCACAAACAACCUUACUGUGCAGCCGAUUGACCCCAACGUCGCGACUUGGACGGCACAGGAGGCACUGCAGUCCAAAUCGAACGUGGUGACAGCUUCGCUCAAUCUUGACACGGAAGUGUUUGCAUUGCCAGCAUUGUCAUCUUCGUCGGACUCGAGCGACAACGCGCUGGACGAGCUGGAACAAGAAAUCUUAGCGGCGUCGGCGAAACUUCGACCUGCCGACAACGCCAGAGAGACCCUGGACAAACCUCAACUAAAUCGACCCACUGCGGCUGCCACGACUAACACAGCCAAGUACACCCAACCAACUUCACGUGCCGAACCGCGGCCCACCCCACAAUAUAGCCACUUGUUCAACGAGACCCAGUGCGACCUCCCUCCAAAGAUCAGCCCACUGCUCGGUCACUAG